AUGUGGCGCAGCCGCCCCGCCCAAGCUGUCGCUGGGGGCCCUGCGCAGGGGACAGCGGUGGGCGCCGGCCCCGAUUCUGCCCACUUGGUUGCCCCUUCUGCUGCGCCGGUGAAUCCCGUCGCGCAGCGGCUCGCGGAAGUCCCAGAUACGCGCUGCCGUGGGUGGCAAUGCGGCAGCGCAUCGGGGGCGAGCGAGGUGCAGCAGCUGCGCGAGGAUUUCCCGGGGAUGCUGGCUGCGGCGAUGCGCAACGCUCUGAAUGGCGCACCGAAUCUUGGUAGCUCCCCGGCUCCCGCCGCUCCUGUGCCCGCGCCUGCCCCUGUGAAUGCGCAGGUUCCGGCCGCGCCCCUUGCUGCACCUGCUCCGCACGCAUCUGCGUACCCGCGGGCUCCUGCUCCUGGCAGUGACCGUGCUCCGCCUGCCUACGUUCGUCCUGUGUCUGCCUCGCAGUAUCCGCCCCUGCCCUGGAUUCCCCCUCUUCCGGACACGGGAUUUGUGGGAGCGGGAGGCGGAGGGGCGAGGGGAGCCGUCGUUCCUCCGCGUCGUUUUGCUGAAGCUCCGUCCGUGCAGCCUCCGCCCCCUCUUCCCGUUCCGCCUGCCGCGUUGAGGACCGGAGUGGCUCAAGUUCCCACGGCGACCCUCGCGCAGCUGUGGCGCUUGGUGGAGUGCCAGCAGGCCCUGACACUGAUUCUGGUGAAUGCGCACUUCGCCAUUCUCCAGAGCCCAGGGAGCACUCUCGGUCGUGAGGCGCGAGGAGAUUGCUUGGCGGCGGCUGCGCAACUUGCCUUCCUCCUCCUACCCUUGCUGGGAGCGCCCGCGAUGGGAGGCGUUGCGGUUUCAGAGCUGGACGGAGCGGUCCAGGGUCUGACCGCACACCUCCGGGCUGGUGGCGGGAUUGAAGCCGUAGGCGCGACCGCGUUAGUGGUCCAGCAGCUGUGGAGGACCAUGCGUGGUAUCCUCGCGGCGCUGGAGGCCCAUCUGAUGUAG